AUGAACGAGACUGCCAAAUUGAGCAAGAAAUUCACCCCCGGAUCCGAUUCGAACAUGGAUGAUGAAUACGAUAUGCAGCAGCAGCCAAUGACUGAAUAUUCUGAAACCAUUCUGAAACAAGAAUACAAAGAAGAAGCAGUAACUCGUCCCUAUGAUGAAAAAAGUUGUAGCAAUAAUGAUUUACCAAAAGGAUGGGAAAAAAUAGAUCACGACAGCGGUAUGCCAAUUUAUAUGAAUACAGAAACAAGAGUAUGUUCAUUUUCAAAGCCAUAUUUUCUAGGAACUAACAGUCUUAAAAACCAUGAAAUUCCAGUAGCCAAUGUACCUUGUUUGAAUCAGAAAUUAAAUAAUGAAACUCAGAUUGACACCAAUUUUGCUUCAACUUCUUCUUCAACCUCUUUUUCAAAAAAAUGUCCUUUAACGUUGAGCCAUGCAGAGUAUCGAAAUUACUGUAGCAAAAUAUUCAAAUUUAGGAAUAUUAAAUUUUAUAAAUUUAAGUCGUGGGUAAAGCGCCGAGAAUAUCUACGAAAACAAAAAACAGAUUCAAAGAUAAAAGAUCUUCACAAAUCAAUAUCAGAUUCAACUACUUUAUAUUCUAUUGUCAAAAAAGAGGGUAAUGCACUUAAUCCUGAAGACACGCAAUAUGUCAUUAAUUUAGAAGGUAAAAGUUACGUUGGUAUAUUGCAUGAAUACAUUCAAAGUGUAUUGAAAACUGCAUCUCAUACAUUUGUGGUUAAAGAACUUGAACAAUCCAAGUAUCCUUAUUUAUGUACAGUAGUCUUAGAUGGAAUACAAUAUGGUGUUGGUACAGGCCCGACCAAAAAACAAGCAAAAGUUGAUGCUGCGAGAGCUACUCUUCAAAUAUUAUUACCUACCGUCAAACAUUUCCAAACUGAUAGUUCUAGUCAAACUAAGAAUGAAAUUCAAGAGAAUAAUAAUUUUGAACAAUAUGAAAUUUUUGACAAAUUAACCGUAAAAGAUACAAGAAUACCACAAAUCUGUGCUCAAUCCACCGAAUCUACACCAUAUGAAAUGUUAAAGCUUUGUGUAAAAAAAAAUUUUGGUGAAGGUUCAAAUCUACUGUGUGAAAUGGAACAGAUGCAAAGUGGAUCUGAUACAGACAAUUAUUAUCGCUGUACUAUGGCUGUAGAAAAAUAUUCUGCAACAGUUAUUUGUAAAGAUAAACUUGAAGGUCGCCAAAAAGGGGCUCAAGCUCUAUUAAAGGUAUUGCACCCACAUGUCCAUUACUUUGGAUCUUUAUUAAGAUUGUAUAGCCAUCAACAUUAUGAAUACAAUGAGAACAAACCAAACGAACAUAAACCUAAAACUAGACCGUAUAGAAAUCCAGAUAUUAAACUUCUUAAAAAAUUGAGAAAAGCGAUGUUACAACUGGAAUCACCAACAAAUGAUCGAAAGAAAAUGUAA